UUCCCUGCCCGGCACCGACCUGCCCAGCCUGGCCCGCGUCUGCACCACCUUCCGCCGCAUCCUCCGCACCGACACGAUCUGGCGGCGGCGCUGCCGCGAAGGUUGUCCGGGGCGCUUGCGUGAAUCUGGGAUAGAGCUUUAACAUGAAAUCUCUUCCACCCCACCCUGUUGUGUCAAGAUUCCCGCUGGUAGUGGCUCCGGCAUGGCACUGCACUGAGACUGCACUCAAAAUGAUUUACAGUGUUACUAGGGAAAACGCUUUGCGAAAAAUCAGCACCUUCUGGAGGAAAAGAGAACGUCAGUGUGCUAGUACCGCUGUUAGAGAGCGACACGGAGAAAUGCCAUUUGAGCAGGAUCCUCUGCAUGUCUCCUCCCUUUCUGAUGCAGUAUAAAUAUCUUCAAUGACACUGAAUUUAAUCUAGCUGCAGUGCCUGCUGUGCAAAGUGUGCAUCUUACCAAUUCUGUGGCCAGAAUACGGCGUCUGUGAAAACUUGCGGAAAUUGGAGAUCACAGGAGUGUCCUGUCGAGAUGUUUAUGCCAAACGUAUAAACCCACGAGUGAAGUCGGGGCGUUUUAUGAAAAUCCUUCCCGACUACGAGCACAUGGAGUACAGAGAUGUUUACACCUGCCUGCUGCACCGAUACCGACACAUCCUGGGAUUAUGGCAGCCGGACAUCGGGCCCUAUGGGGGACUGCUGAACGUGGUGGUAGACGGUUUGUUCAUCAUCGGGUGGAUGUACUUGCCGCCUCAUGAUCCUCACGUUGAUGAUCCCAUGAGAUUCAAACCUCUCUUCAGGAUUCAUCUCAUGGAGAGGAAAUGUGCAACGGUUGAGUGUAUGUAUGGUCAUAAGGGACCUCAUAAUGGCCAUAUCCAGAUUGUAAAGAAGGAUGAGUUCUCCACGAAAUGCAACCAGACAGAUCACCAUCGGAUGUCAGGGGGAAGGCAAGAGGAAUUUCGGACAUGGCUAAGGGAAGAGUGGGGUCGGACUCUGGAAGACAUCUUCCAUGAACACAUGCAAGAGCUCAUCUUGAUGAAGUUCAUCUACACCAGCCAAUAUGACAACUGCUUGACAUACCGACGCAUCUACCUCCCCCCUAGUAGCCCUGAUGACCUUAUAAAGCCAGGUCUCUUCAAGGGAACGUAUGGGAGCCAUGGUCUGGAGAUUGUCAUGUUGAGCUUCCAUGGAAAGAAAGCGAAGGGGACUAAAAUCACCGGAGAUCCCAACAUCCCAGCUGGGCAGCAGACUGUGGAGAUUGACUUGGCGCAUCCUCUGCAGCUGCCCGACAUCGAGACCCUUCGUGAUUUCAGUGAGCUCUCUCGCAUCGUCCUGGAGGUCCAGGAGCAGGUGCGUCGGGAGGAGCAGGAGGAGGAGCAGCGGCAGGAGGAAGAGGACCGCUCCCAGCAGGCUGCCGCUCAGCCUGCUGCGAAGCCCCUGGGAGGAGAAGGUGCCGAGGGGGAAGAGACUGCAGCUGGGGCGGAGGGGACAACCCAGAACAAGGCACCAGCUUCCCAGCCCUUUGUGCUGCCUAUGGGAGUCAUAUCGAGGAAUGAAGACUAUCCCCGGACCUGCCGAAUUUGUUUUUAUGGGACGGGGCUUAUUGCUGGCCACGGCUUCACCAGCCCCGAGCGAACACCAGGUGUUUUUGUUCUCUUCGAUGACGAUCGCUUUGGAUUCAUCUGGCUGGAGCUGAAGUCCUUCAGUCUCUACAGCCGGAUCAAGGUCUCCUUCCAGAACGCCGAAGCGCCUUCCCGUGAGGCUUUUGAUGAAAUGCUGAAGAACAUUCAGUCGCUGGCUACUUGACGUGUGGUUUGUGAUGGACGGGGCUAGGGGUUGCAAAGGCUGCUGCACUCCCCAGCCAGGGCUGGGAUGGGGAUUCCUUGCUCUUGGUACCUCUGAAUAAAAGCAUGCACUUUUAAUAAAGCCUUUUUACCCCAAAUGUACACAUCCCGGUUAAAAUAUCCAUGACUGCCCUUACCUCCCUGCCACCCUACACUGCUCCCUAGCAGUCCUCGUUACCCAGUCUGUAACAUAGCUUUGUAUAGCUGAAGGGAUCCUGCAGAGGAGGAAUUAGACCUUAUUGCAAAAAGAAUGUAUUGGAACAAAAAUGAUGCAAGGUCAGAGCUGGAUCAGAAGAACAUCUAAUUGACUGGAUAGAUACAAGCCCUCUGCUCUGACUGUUAUCAGCCUCCUGCGGAAAGAGCUCUUCUUUGUGGAGGGGACUCAUUUAAGCCUUUGUUGCAUCCUAGGCUGAUCUGUCCUCCUGGGGGACUUGCUUUACCCUCCUGAAAACCUGCAGACUGGCUGGCUGCUUAAUGAUAAAUUGUGUCAGCAGCGACAGAGCACAUCCUCCUCCCCAGAAACCUUUCUCUGGGUGCAGCGUCAUCAAGAGAGGCUGGUGUAAUACCUGUAUCCUUGGCCUAGUAAUUGGAGCGGGUGGUUUCCUUUGGAGAAAUUCCCUCAGCUUGGCAGCAAGGGGAGGAUUCCCCAGUGUAGAUGACAGUAUGUGUAGUGUUGCCCUGGCUUCUGGAGCUUGGUGGGUGUGCUGUUGCUGAGGCUCCAGGUUCUGGCUGUCCCCCCGAGCGCAUAGGAGGUCAUUCUUUUUUCUUAUAGGAGCUGGGUAUGGAACUGGAAAUGAGUGUUAACUGCAGAAGCCGGUGCAUUCAGAACUGGUUUCGUACCUGAGAGGUUCACCUUGGAUGUUUUAAGCUGGGCCUGAAAAUGUAAAGGAAGAAGCAAAAAGAAAACUAACUGUGAAAUAAACCCAAACGCAGCCUGCUGACCCCUGUCUGUGAUGGGCAGCAGAAGGUGCCAUGUGUCACUGGUACUGAUGUGACCCCAGUUACGUGUCAUUCUUGUAUCAGGUUGCCCUGUGCAGUCUGAAGAAGCAGCGAGGGAUUCUCCUAAUAUUGCUGUGGCUUUUUCUGGCGCCUUUUACGGUUGGUGCUGACAGGUGGGUGCUGCUGCUCCACUCGCAGGACCCUUCUAUUCCCUUUCUCGUCACGCUUGUUUCGUCCCAGAUGAUUGCUGCUUGCACAGAAAGCUCCUGGGCUUAAUUUCUUCCCAUGAUACCUGCAUUCUGUGUGGCAGAUCUGAGCUCUACUGGGAAGUGUGGGCUGCAGGCGAGGAAGCCGGUUCUCCAUAGACUGUCCUGUGCAGGAAAAUCCUGAUGAUAGGGAUCCUUAUGUGGAGAGAAGAGUAAGGAAGCUCUUGGUUACAGGUAAAAUAGAUCCUUUGUUGCAGUUGCUUUCUGGCUGCGGUGAUAAACUCCAGGUUUCUUCUCUUCCCGCUACCAGUGGAAUCGGUGUCUAACAAAACUCUGCCUUUACAUCUUUUGCAGGAUUUGAUUUGUAAAUGUGUCUGUACGUGUGUUGUGGUGGGCGGAUUCAGGCCCCUUCAGUGGAAAAGUUUCAGUCGCUGCCUAGUUUCCCUGACUGCAAGCAGCUUUUAUUUUCACUCUCACAAGGGUUUUUUGCCAUUUCUGGCUCUUGAGUGUUCCCUCAAGCUGCGUGAGAACCGAGUCUCCAGCAGAGACUUUGAGCAGAAGGUCACGUCACUCACAGGAUUAAUUCCUGUCGCUUUGGAUAUAGUUUCGCAAACCUUUAGGAAUUUGAAGGUGAUUUGGGGCACUUUUUUCUUUGUUUCCUACGGCUUUGUCAGUAGCGGAAAACCUGCCUCGGUGUUAGAGGUGAGGAUCUGAAGUGCUAUUACUGUUCCAGUGAAUAAGCUAUAAAAAGUAGGUUGUUUCUGAGCAGCCUGUUAGAGGUGUACCUGUCGGCAUCAGCAGAGGGAAGAGUUGACUUAGAUCUCGCCCCAUCGUGCAGGGUAGGGAGAGGGGAAGGCUGGCGGGUCUCUGAGCUGUGGUGUGUGGGCAGGGAGGUGAGCUGAAGCUAAAAUCGGGCAUCUCGGCCGUUAGCUGCAGCUGCCCAGCUGUGGGCAGGAGAGCGUGUGCUUAAUCUUGCAGACGGAGGUUUCCAGCUUGGUGAUGCAGAUUUCUGGGAUACCUAAAGACAUUAGGAGUCUGUUUGGCAUCUGGGUGGCCGGUUUAUCUUGGAGCUUGCUGUUAGGCUGGUGCAGCCAGUCUGUUUUGUAUUCUCCCUAACAGCCUAAAGGGAUGAGAGAGGUCCCUUGGGCAGCUGUUUCAAUAGCUUGUCCCUAAAACCACCUCUGCUUCAGCUGCAAAUGGAUCCAUAGCUCUGGUUGUGGAUUCUUCCUUCCUUCGCUAUCCCCACUCACUUGAAAAAAUAAAAAUCCUGAAGUUUUACAUAACUGACUUAAUUUUUGCUUUUUGUUUUUAAGGUAAGAUUGAAAAUCCAGACCGUAUUGAAUGCACUGCAAGCACUUGGCCUGAGAUCCGAAUCACUGUCUCCUAAAUACAGACGCUGACUCUGUAGCCGGUCUUCUCCCUGUAACCUGCUGUGUUGAGUUGACUGAGUGUGCAAAGGCCGUGUAGGCAUGUUCCGCUGUGGCAUAAAAUGCUUUUAGUAUUUGCUACCUGCAGAUUAAAUUCCCCUUGAUACCAGGAGUCUGCUGGGGAGUGCAAACCCAUGGAUAGCAGUUGGCAGGAGUGUUUCGCUCGGUGCUGAACACGGGUCUGCUUUGUCACCGGGGCGAGGACCUGUUGGUUGGCGGUUGGCGCGGGUUGUGCAUCUGCUGUUUGUGCCAAGAUGAUUCUUCUGCUUGUAGCUUGUCCCUUCUGAACCUUUUCAAUGGCAGUGUUAAGGGUCUCCCUUAUGAAGGUGAGACCUGCUUGGCCGGCUGGAGAGAAGGGCUUUGUGGAGGCUCGAUGCCCUGCAGGAACUUGUCACAGCUCAGCUUUGCCCCUGUAGUAGCGUCUUUUUAUUUAUAGUGUACCUGAGUGGCCUCAAAAUGUCAGAAUGUGCUAGUCCCGAUUAAAGGCAAAACGUGCUGAUACACCGGGGCUUUAUUCUGUCUAGAGCAAAGGCAAUGAAAAUAGCAGACUUUGUAUUAAUGCUUCUCCUCUGCCUUCUCUUCUCACCUUCUGCUCCUCAAAGCCUGGCAGGCUUUUGUGGCAUUUCAGAAGAAAAUUCCCUCUGAUUUGGCUUUGGGUGAGGAAAGCUGUCAGGACGGUGAAUUCGGAGAGACUGGCAUAAAUGCCCUGGGUGCUCCUGUGCCUUUGCUGGUUCCUUUGUGCACGGCUACAUCAGUGCUUUCAGGGAGAAGCAGAAUAACGCGAUGAGGAGUUAUAACUUGUGGCUCUGAAAGCUUUGGGAGAGGGGGAUGAACAAGGAGCGCAGACUUUGGAUCUGAGCAUCGUCCGCGGCCGAGGGGGAUGUGACAGUGGCCCCGGUCCUGCUUUCCCUCCUGGUACCUGUGGGAGGCCAUGCUGACGGCACAGUAUUUUGCUGUACUUGUUCCUGUUUGCUAUGGGCUGUACCACUCCCCUGCACAGUAUGUCUCAGUGCAUACCCUGUUUCUUUCCGGAACCCUCGUUGUCCAGCUUGUUGGGAUAUUUCUGUGAGCUGUUGACAGGGAUAACGCGUGGCGGUGCCUUGCAGAUGGUGGUAAAUUUCUGGUGCUGACGUGUCCUCGUCCUGUUCGUUCUGUAGAAAAUCUUGGGGACAAUUGGCUUUACUUCCUUAUCCCAGAUGGGUGGAAAGUGCUGGGGAAGAUGGAAAACAACUUGUCAGGGCUAGGAAUACUCCCUUGGCAGAAGCCUUUUGGAAUAAACGAAAUGCUUGCAAUUAGGUUGCAGAUCAGUAUUGCCCCAAUAGCCACAGCAAGACCUAGGGCUUGUUUCUAGCUCCGGAGCAAUAAGCAAGUGACUGGUUACAUGCGAGGGCUGUUUUGUGCUCCUAGAUCCCGCUUCCAGUGUUGUCAAAACACACGGGUUUGGCCAGCUGGAAAGCAGAAGCAUCAAAGAUCCUCAUCCAGCCGGUUUGUGUUGGGCCUGAUCUCAUAGCUAUAAAUGUGCUGUGAUCAGGCGUUGUGGUUGUAGGAGACUCGCUGCAGUCCACAUGGACUCGUCAGGCUGCUUUUUUUUUUUAGUGAGGAGGAAAAAGAACGGAAUUACUUGUAACUUUGGCUGUCAGCUUCCCUCUGGAGUGAACAGUAGCGACGGCUACUCUGGAAUGGGACAGCAGAGGUCGGAUGGCAGUUAUUUGGGAAACUCGUGCUGGGGAGAACGCAAAUUCUUGUGCAAGUGUGCUUGGAGGUGGAAGCUACCAGGAAAAACAGCAAAAUCCAGCUGGCUCAAUGUUUACUUUUAAGCAAGGAUGGCUUCUUAUUGCUUUUUAUUGAUUUAAAACUAGUGGAACUUAUUGGGAGUGUUGGCUGUUGUGUGGAAAUGGGCUGUGUAAUCUCAACUUGCUAGUGUAGGAAAUGAUGACCUAUUAACUCUGUCUCGUAGCUGGUUGCUCACGUGGCCAAUCAUCUUCUGUUGGGUUCAGCUGCCAAAGGGUUGCGUGCUGGCCUUCGCGCCGCAGGCCGGAGGGACAGCAGUAACUCACCAGUUGGACAGGGAAAUAUUUGAGAUGUGUGACCGGGCGGUGGAAUGGAAGAUAAGUUACCAAACUGUGAGUGCCACUGACUACUUUUUUUUUUUGUGUGUGUGUGCGCUAAAUUAAAAAGUAUGAUUCUGGUUUUUGUUCGGAUUGCAGUCUUUUUAAUUUUUGAGGAAAAGAGCACUGGCAUCAACUGUGGUCGUUAGCUUAAUUAAGGCAAUCUGCACUUUUUUUCAUUGAUUAUUACUCCUACUUCCCCUAAGCAGGUGUACCCCAUUUCCGUGUGUAUUUUGCACUCACCCCUUUAACAUGAUAUCGAUGGAUUAAUCUGGGCAUCUCCUGAGGCUUUGAGUGUGAAUAAGGCUCUAUAAAAUACCCCGUGGGACUUACUAAAAAUGAAGGUGAAGCGCCAGAUCCCCGCUUCAUACAGAGGGUAGUGCAGAGGGAAAAGGUGAGCUUUUCUUUCUAAAGUGCCGUUUGACAUCAAAACACUUUGGUUUCAUGCCACAAAUAUCCAUGUGGAACGCGAUAGCUGCUGUUUAAACAGCUCACCUGCCAGGUCUGCUCCCCGGGCUGCGGGAUGGGGUUUUCCCUGUGCUUUUGGUUGUGGGUUUGCGAGGAGCGGGCUGUCCAAAAGCCAGACGUGUCUUUGCAACGCUCGGCCUACUUCAUCCCAGGUAUCAGAAAGCUGAGCAAAAUGUGUGUGUUACUUUUACACCCGAUCAUUGUUACCCGAGGAGCCUUUUCCAGUUUCAAAUAAUAAAAAGGAAAGUUUUGUGAA